AUGGAUAAUGAAAGUUUAAUUAGGAUUUGUGCCACUGCGUUUUCGGAGGAGGAGGUAGAAUAUUCGAAGGACUUGCUGUUUAGUUCGAUAAAAAAUAUUCAGAAGAAAGUAUCCAGGCGAAAACAAGGCAAAAAGCAAAGAAAUUUAGAGGACAUAAUAUGUGUUUUUAAAGUGACUGAACCCGAUCUUAUGCCAGUCUUUGUGGCGCGUGACCUACAAAAAUUACCGCCUGUUACAUUCGAUCAUGUUGAUGUGACUAAAUUGUUAAAAGACUUGCUGAUUAUGCGUAAUGAAAUCAGUGAUAUAAAAAACAAUUAUGCCACGGUGAAUCAAUUGGAUGAGUUGAAGAAGGAUUUGGAAUCAAAUAGGCCAGUGGCAUCAUUUUUAACCGGUAAUAUUAACAUAAAUAAAAGAGGAGGGUACAUGCUUGAUAGUGGACCAGUCGGUUUAUCACCAACGGGCAAUGAAUCAUUGUCGAGGCACUCGAUUUCACAGCAUAGAGAACCGUCCAAAUAUCGCUCACUCGUUCGCGCUAACGAGGCAGAGAAGUCGAGUGCGGCCGCACUGAUUAAUUCGACAUUAUUGGAUAACGAGAUGUGCACGGCGUUGUCUAAAUCACCUGUAUGCGCUAAAUUGACGAAUGAAACUAAACAGCCUACUAUGGCGCAAAUUGUAAGUAAUGGAGAAUGGAAAACACAAAAUAAACCAACUGACGAAUGGAUAACAGUUCAAAAAAAGAAGGUAUAG